AUGAGAAGAAUUAAAAAAUAUGAUAUUUCUCAGUUUUUUAACAUCAUCACUUUGUGUCCCACAUCACUCGUCUUUACUGUCAGAAUGGAUAACAGAAAACUGCUAUGUAGUUUACAUUUCAAUAACCAUCACAAUCAUAUUACAUGGCCUUGGACUCAAUGGGACUGCACUGAGAAGUUUCUACAUGAGCCAGAGCUCACCUACAGUAUUAGCAACAACAAUAACAACAUCAGCUUAAUGUGGUAUUCUGUUACUACUACUGACAUUGACUUCUCUCUUCUCCUUGUUGUUGAUGUAACGUAUAAUCGAAUAAAACAAGAAUUAUUU